UGACAAAAGAACGUUGAACAAUCUGCUGUUCUAGAACUUCACCUGCAAAGACUGAAGCUGAAGGCCUGUAGAAUCCAGGAUCUUCUCUGGAAGUAGAACAUCUCCACUGUUCUGGAUUCUCUUUGUUAAGUCACAUCCUCGUUCUUCCAGGAAAUGCAGGUGCAGUAGAGAGAGAUGCACCCAAGGAGCCAUCAUCUUGAUGGGCAUGGAGAUGGAUGGAUUGUCUCCAUAGUGCCCUGUGCUUUGUUUACAUCGGGAGUGAUGGACUUUCCACAGUACAGAGGCCAGUCUGGUUCAGCCUCUAUGAAUAGCAUUAACAUAUACACGGACACAGUGACUGAGUUCAUCAGGAAGUGUAUAGUGGAUGUUGUGCACACUGUGACUAUGAAAACCUACCCAAACAGAAAACUAUGGAUAAAUGGCAGCAUUCGCGCAAAACUGAAAGCAAAACCACUGCAUUUAACCACGGCAAGGUGACUGGGAAAAAAAUACAAACAUUGCAUUUAUGUCGUCUGUAAGGCAAUCAAACAGGCAAACGUCAGUACAGAGACAAAGUGGUGUCGCAAUUCAACAGCUCAGACACAAGACUUACGUGGCAGGGACUACAGACAAUCACGGAUUACAAAGGGAAAACCAGCCACGUCGCAGAGACCGACGUCUUGUUCUCGGACAAGCUAAACCUUCUUCACCAGCUUCACCAAAGUAGCCUGCUCCCGAGGACUGUGGGUUCUCGUUGUCCGUGGCCAACGUGAGUAAGACAUUUAAGCAUGUUAACCCUCGCAUGGCCGCGUCCCCAGAGCAUGCGCAGGCCAACUAGCUGGAGUGUUACCGGACAUAUUCAAUCUCUCCUUAUCCCAUUCUGCAGUCCCCACUUUCUUCAUGAUUUCCACCAUUGUUCCUGUACCCAGGGAAGCAAAGCUAAUUGAACUAAAUGACCAUCAUCCCGUAGCACUCACUUCUGUCAUCAUGAAGAUCAUAUGAUCUCUAUCUUACCUGACAGCAUAGACCCACUUCAAUUUGCAUACCGCCCAAAUAGAUCCACAGACGACGCAAUCACCAUCGUACUGCACACUGCCCUACCCAAUCUGGACAAGAGGAAUAACUAUGUAAGAAUGCUGUUCAUUGACUACAGCUCAGCCUAAAACACCAUAGUAACCUUAAAGCUCAUCAUUAAGCUUGGGGCCCUGGUUCUGAACCCCGCCCUGUGCAACUGGGUCCUGGACUUCCUGACGGGCUGCCCCCAGGUGGUGAAGGUAAGAAACAACACCUCUAUUAUGGUGAUCCUCAACACAGGGGCCCCACAAUGAUGCAUGCUUUGCCCUCUCCUGUACUUCCUGUUCACCCAUGACUGCGUAGCCAUGCACACCUCCAACACAAUCAUCAACUUUGCAGACAACACAACAGUAGUUGGCCUGAUUACCAACAAUGACAACACAGCCUACAGGGAGGAGGUGAGGGAACUCAGUGUGGUGUCAGGAAAACAACCUCUCACUCAACGUCAACAAAAUGAUCGUGGACUUCAGGAAACAGCAGAGGGAGCACGCCCCCAUCCACAUCGAUGGGACUGCAGUGGAGAAGGUGCAAAGCUUCAAGUUCCACGGCGUACACAUCACUGACAAUCUGAAAAAGUCCACCCACACAGACAGUGUGGUGAAGAAGGCCUAAUAUCUUUAAACCUACUAUGGCCUAUUUAUUGCCUUACCUCCUCACGCCAUUUGCACACACUGUAUAUAGACAUUAUUUUUUCUAUUAACUCUGUGUUGUGUUUUGUGUCGCACUGCUUCGCUUUCUCUUGGCCAGGUCUCAGUUGUAAAUGAGAACUCGUUCUCAGCUAGCCUACCUGGUUAAAUGUUAAAACUGAAAUACAUUUAAAAAAACAAUCCCUGCAGCGGUUUCGUUCACCAAUCCGUCUGUUGUCAGGUGGUAAAUGACUAAGUAAGUAUUGGUGCUGUUUGAAGCCUUUCAUCUGGGCUGUUUAGAAAUGUGAAUGAACAUAUAAACCCACACAGAUGAAGUCCAAGGAACAGGUGAGACCGGUUCAGGUGUACACAGGUGCUGUACCUCCCUCUUCUUCCCUGGCGACAUGCAGCGCUCCACACUCCAUUACAUUUAAACCAUAUUCCAAUAGAAUUGCUGUUCUUUUUCAAAUUUGCUGCCUUCGUACUUCAAUUAACUUAGAGUUUAGAAUUGAACCAGCAACAUGAUUCAGUGUUUUUAAAAACAUUCAUAUUUGUAGUUUAAGAACAUAUAACAAAGCUAUAUGUCCAUGACUGCAGAUAUGUAAGACACUCCUUCCUGUUAACCCUUUAUAACAACAGUGAACAGUUCUUUCCUCAUCUCUGGACUGUGUAAAUAUGAUGUAUGUGGAACCUGUUUUACAGCAUGGCUGGAAUGCAGACAGAUAGUGAAGAGAAGAGAGAUGCUGUAGCUGUGUACCAAAUGCUACCCUAUUCCCUAUAUAGUGCACUACUUUCGACCAAGGCUCUGGAUGGAGUGCACUAUGUAGGGAAUAGGGUGCCAUUUGGUAUGUAGAUACAGGGCGUAUCAUCCAGCACAGUCAAAUCAAGUACAAUAUUAUUUGACACAUGCUUUGUAAUCAACAGGUGUAGAGCAACAGGUGUAGAGCAACAGGUGUAGAGCAACAGGUGUAGAGCAACAGGUGUAGAGCAACAGGUGUAGAGCAACAGGUGUAGAGCAACAGGUGUAGAGCAACAGGUGUAGAGCAACAGUGAAGAUACGGAACGUUCCCAAAAAUGCAGAGCGAAAAAUAGUCUAAAAAAAUGACAAAAAGAUGAAAUACACAGUGAACCAGUACCGAGUCGAUGCGCAGUUUGGUUGAUCAGUUUGGAUGAUCAGUUUGGAUGAUCAGUUUGGUUGAUCAGUUUGGAUGAUCAGUUUGGAUGAUCAGUUUGGUUGAUCAGUUUGGUUGAUGAGUUUGGUUGAUCAGUUUGGUUAAUUGCCAUGUGGAAUGUAGAUACCGGGUGUGGCAUCCAGCUCAAUCAAAUCAGAUUGUAUUUGUCACAUGCUUCACAAACAACAAUGCAGAGAGAAAUGGUUUAGUAGAAAAAUUGAAAAAUAAUAACACAAGGAAUAAAUACACAAUGAUAACGUGGCUAUUUACACGGGGUACCAGUACUGAGUCCAUGUGCAGGUAUCAUGGUGAUCAUGUGACCACAUACACAAUGAUAACGUGGCUAUUUACACGGGGUACCAGUACUGAGUCCAUGUGCAGGUAUCAUGGUGAUCAUGUGACCACAUACACAAUGAUAACGUGGCUAUUUACACGGGGUACCAGUACUGAGUCCAUGUGCAGGUAUCAUGGUGAUCAUGUGACCACAUACACAAUGAUAACGUGGCUAUUUACACGGGGUACCAGUACUGAGUCCAUGUGCAGGUAUCAUGGUGAUCAUGUGAUCACAUACACAAUGAUAACGUGGCUAUUUACACGGGGUACCAGUACUGAGUCCAUGUGCAGGUAUCAUGGUGAUCAUGUGACCACAUACACAAUGAUAACGUGGCUAUUUACACAGGGUACCAGUACUGAGUCCAUGUGCAGGUAUCAUGGUGAUCAUGUGACCACAUACACAAUGAUAACGUGGCUAUUUACACGGGGUACCAGUACUGAGUCCAUGUGCAGGUAUCAUGGUGAUCAUGUGACCACAUACACAAUGAUAACGUGGCUAUUUACACAGGGUACCAGUACUGAGUCCAUGUGCAGGUAUCAUGGUGAUCAUGUGACCACAUACACAAUGAUAACGUGGCUAUUUACACGGGGUACCAGUACUGAGUCCAUGUGCAGGUAUCAUGGUGAUCAUGUGACCACAUACACAAUGAUAACGUGGCUAUUUACACAGGGUACCAGUACUGAGUCCAUGUGCAGGUAUCAUGGUGAUCAUGUGACCACAUACACAAUGAUAACGUGGCUAUUUACACGGGGUACCAGUACUGAGUCCAUGUGCAGGUAUCAUGGUGAUCAUGUGAUCACAUACACAAUGAUAACGUGGCUAUUUACACGGGGUACCAGUACUGAGUCCAUGUGCAGGUAUCAUGGUGAUCAUGUGACCACAUACACAAUGAUAACGUGGCUAUUUACACGGGGUACCAGUACUGAGUCCAUGUGCAGGUAUCAUGGUGAUCAUGUGACCACAUACACAAUGAUAACGUGGCUAUUUACACGGGGUACCAGUACUGAGUCCAUGUGCAGGUAUCAUGGUGAUCAUGUGACCACAUACACAAUGAUAACGUGGCUAUUUACACAGGGUACCAGUACUGAGUCCAUGUGCAGGUAUCAUGGUGAUCAUGUGACCACAUACACAAUGAUAACGUGGCUAUUUACACGGGGUACCAGUACUGAGUCCAUGUGCAGGUAUCAUGGUGAUCAUGUGACCACAUACACAAUGAUAACGUGGCUAUUUACACGGGGUACCAGUACUGAGUCCAUGUGCAGGUAUCAUGGUGAUCAUGUGACCACAUACACACUGUGUGCCUUUGGGUUCAGUUUGGUUCAUCAGUAAAAAGGUAAAACCAAGAACUGCUCUGUCUGUUACUCCCCUGUCUGUUAUUCCCCUGUCUGUUACUCCCCUGUCUGUUAUUCCCCUGUCUGUUACUCCCUGUCUG